AUGGCGGAACAACAGGCUAUCAGCGAGCUGUUGCAUGCUUACGGCGCUGCACUAGACAAGGGCAACGUGGACGAGACUGUAGCUCUAUACACCGAUGACGGCGUCUUCAUGGCUCCAGGAUACCAGCCGAUGGUCGGGACGGAGGCUCUGCGCAAAAGCUACGAGCGAGUCUUCGCGAGCACUAGACUCGAUAUCGAAUUCGACCUUCUGGAGAUCGUGAUCACAUCGGCCGAAUGGGCGUUUGCAAGAUCGACGGCAACAGGAACCAAGCUUUUUAUCCAGCGAGGCGACUCGGAACCUCACGCCAAUCAGGAGUUGUUCAUCCUUCGCAAAGUGGAUGGAAGUUGGAAGAUUGCUAGAUAUGCUUUCUCAAGCAUGAAACCAAUCGUUUAG